AGAAAAAAAAUUAUGAUUGCUUUCACAGAGAAUGAACGGAUAGAGUUAUUUCACACAUUGAUAAUUAGACAGGUGAGCGAAUACAGGUAAACACAACAAACACGUGUAUACACACAUACAUGUACAGUUCUGUACGUACUUGGAGUCGUUAAGAACUGGAAAUAACAACACUAGGUCAUACAGGACAAAGAUAGGCCGAUUUUUAUUUGGUACAUACAAAAACACGACAUUCGUGAUUUUCACUAUGCAAAAGUUUUCAGUAUUUUUAAACUGGUGUUAUCUAAGAUCAAAUGAAGACCUGUUUGAACGAUUUUGGAUAUAUAUAUAACAGAUCGAAGGGAAACUAGAUAGCGACCACCUGUCCGGAUAAAAAACGUCCAUGGACUUCAUAGAACUGUGCAGUUAUCCUGAAAGUUGUAGUCAUUUAACCAGGAAUUGGGAUACGCCUCCCUGCCGUCGGAAUAUUCAUGUUUAUGAACAUGCAUUGUUUCAACGUAUUUAUUUAUUCCUGACUAUCCUGUAUGUUUACAGAGACAUAUCGAAAGGUUUGUGUGUUUAAGGAUUAGUUAACAAUCGAUUCUUUGCACUGUAUAACAAGCAGAUAUGGCCGUUUGUCAGAGACACAACGAUCUGAGUAUAUUUUACAUUUGGUCAUAUGAUCCGUUUGAUUUUUAAUAAGUAUGCAAAACGGAAGUUUGUUACCAGAAGGAUCCACAAGAACCGGAAGUGUUCUAAACGAAAGGAUGCAACAAAAUGGCGGCAGAUCCUGUCAAAUUCAUGAAGAGACAACGCCAACACAUACAAUGGCGAUGGCUGCCCUUCCCAAACCCGUGGCCGUCGUCUGCUGUGUGUCGAAUUUCGCCUUUCCGGGACUUGGAACCAUGAUGACUGGAUUUGCUAUGUGCUGCUGUGAUCGACAUGGCGUUAGGAAUCGUUCGGAUGUGUGUGCUAACUGUACAGCUAACGUUGUGAUUGGACUGUUACAAAUCCUCCUUACCCCAAUCUUCCUGCUUGGCUGGUUAUGGAGCUGUAUGUGGGGAAUACUCUUCCUUCGUACCGCAGAUGAGUAUGACAAUCAGCACAGACAGAAUGACUGUAUGACGUCAUCAUCUAAUGACGUCGACAUAAUCCAGCAGACAAUCGUCAACAUUGAGGCAUGCGCACUAGACCCUGGUCAAAUUCACAGAACAGUUAAUCCGUACGACGCAGACAAACACGAUCCUCCCCCUCGGUAUGAAAUCCUCAUCCAGGAUUCUGAUGAAGACGAUGACCUUGAGCCGUCCCCUGAGGACAACGAACCUCCUCCCCCAUACUGACACUGGCCAAAAGUAUGGAUCAUUUAUCGUCAAAACUGUUCUCUGUACCGUAAAUCUGGUUUUGGAGAUGGUGCGGAAUUCUGACACAUGCCUUUUAUUUUGUUAUAGCAGGCGGAGUUAGAAAUCGGAAAGUCAGCUGUGUGUCAAAGUGUUGUGCUUUUUCAACAGAUUGGUUCAAACUGCGAACGAAACCAAAUACACAUUUGUACAUAGAACGAAUAUUCAUACCCUGCCUACACUGCUCUCCGGCAGGGUAUGAAGUCCCUCCCAUUGCCGAUAGUGUAGCAAGCCCCGAUGUGAUUCACAUCGGGC